GGCUCCGUGUUAUUUAUAGAGCUUGAGAAUGCCUCAUCACUGACUGGCUUUAGAUUGAAAUAUACUCUCAACCACUUCACCAUGCAAAGUGAUGUCAAUACUACUGAGAAACUUCAGUAUGGCUUUCCACAGAAACGCAGAAGAGUUUCAUCCAUGGUGUCUGACAACACAGUUCAAGAACACGAAUUUGAAGGUGAUGACAACGUUAAUUUUGAGUAUGAUGCAGAAUAUGAAUGUGCAAGUGUCAAGUCAGAUAUAUCUUACUCUGGAGAUCACCAGCCUUCGCUCACAGAUGUAUUGUACUACUGCCAGGCAAUGUAUGACAUAGUUCAGAAAUUAGACAAGAAGAUGGAUCUUCUCCAGAGAAAAGUCUUUGAGCUGCACCAUGCUCAGAUGAAAUCACACUUAAAACCUAGACCGCUUAACCUUUCCCCAAGAGGUCCUCAUGCCAUACCUCAAGCAAAACUGAGACUACACAAGCUAAACCAAAGCUUUCUCACCACGAAAAUUGCACAGCCUCCACCGAACAUUCCAAACAAGGAGAUGGAAGAGGAAAACAUGCAUCUCCAGGGCAGCCUAGCCUUUAAAUCUGUCCAUUCAGGAGCAAUUCUAAGGGACCCUCAACAGACUCAAAGGUUAAGUCCACCUCUACCAACUAUUGUGUCAACUCGCUCCUUGCAUCAAGUCCUCAGUGUAACAAACAAUGACCACAGAGACAUAAAGAUCGAAAGCUUACCUGAAAGCACUUGUGCUUCGCCACCCAUCAUUACUACUCCUCUGGCUGCAUCAUCUGUGUGUUCCAAACCAACAAAAGAAAAUAUGAAAGAAACUGAGCCUGUGUUGGUGCCUCAUGUAACUGUGAAGAGAAAUGUUAUCAUAAGUGAGGAAUUACCUUCAUCAUCAGUUCAACCGGUCCCAAUUUAUGAAUUUCUUGGGGACCCCAUUAGAAAUAUCAAAGUCCCUGGAAGCUUUUUGGUGAAAGCCAGACAGAAAACACAACCCAAAUAUGCAGCUCGUUACUUGGUUCGUGCCUUGUUCCCUAAGGACGUAUUACUGAACAGUGCUACAGGAGACAAGGUACAAGGACUUAUGACGCUUGAUGUGAACAAGGUUUCAGCAAUAAGAGAGUUCUUGGCAUCUAUAUUCCCUGAAUGUGAUCUUGGCGAAUAUGGAAAGGAUUGGAAAACCUGUACCACAAACGUUAACGCCAUGAUUCGAUGUUUACAUUUAGAAACCAAAAAAAAUGCUGUAAACCUGUUCCCUAAUCAAGCUGUUUCCCAAGCGCCUGAGGAUUCCAUUUGUCUGGAUUCUGAUGAUGCAGUUGAGGAGGAUCAUGAGGCAGGAGUCACUGAAAAUAAUCAGACGCUUGCAGAAAAUUCAAGCUUUUUACAAGCAAAUCUGUUAAACAAACAAAGGGAUAACUGGUUUCCAGGACCUCCAGGCAUUGGAACACCAAUGAAACAUCAUUCUUCUGAUCCUAUAGAGUGUUUUGGUGAACCUUGGAGAAAUGUGCAGUUACCCUUCUCAGUGAUAUACAUAGGCAAAGGAAAGCCUCGCCCAGAGCUGUCUGCUAGAUAUUUAAUUAGACAUCUUUUCCCAGAAGAUAUAUUAGUAAAAAGCAAUGUCUAUGGGAACCUGGAACGUGGCGUUUUGCCUUUAGAUUCCAACAGGAUUGGUGCUUUAAAAGAUUUCCUACAGAUGAAUUAUCCAUCAUUUGAUCUGAAAGACUGUGGUCAUGACUGGAAAGCCUGUGUGGCAGCAAUUAACAGUACCAUUCGCAGCCUACGCCAUGAUCAGAAAAAAGCAACAUUUCAUACUCGGAAAAUUACCUCCCUUGGUAGCUGAAACCCCCCUAGGCACACUUUUUGUGAAAGCCAUUUUUGCCACCACUUUCUCAUUUUGAUGACUUUCCAUGUUAAUUACUUGUCUGUGCCAGGAUGUGCCUUUGUCUACUGAAAAAAAAAAAACUUUUCUACUGAAGCAAUUUCGUUGACUACUCUGGAGUACAGACCAGUACAGAACUGCUAAACCAUACUUUGACAUAUUUUAUUGUCUCAAAAAGCCUUGCAAUGGUUAUCAUCUGAGCCAUUAAAGGUAUAUUCAUACAUUGUUUUGUUUUGUAAUAGUUGCUUGUUGUUGUUGUUGUUGCUCUUACAUUUUGCUGUAAGUUCAUGUUCACAUUGGUUACAGAUUUCUAGAGAAAAUGUAUCUAACUAAACAUAGGAAACUGUGGAAAGGUUUGUUUUUAUUUCUACAGUUUUUUGUUAAUGAAGCCUCCACAUAUUGCGUAGGUAUUCUUUUUUGUUUUUACAUUUGCAAAUGAGCACAGUUGUAUGUGUAAUUAUUUGUGUAAUACAUGCGCACCAUUAAUACCGUGAUGAUCUAAUGUACCAUGUAUUAUAUUUUGGUUAAUAGCAAUGGUAAAUUUUAGUAAAAGACUGAUGGUGUGUGUUACUAGAUUUAUAAGUAGUGACACAGUCAAUUAACAGGUCAGUAGGGGAAUUGUUAGAACUCAUGUUAUCAUUGUAACGUAUGGCAUGCAGUUGGCGGUAAAACUCUUGGGAAUAUUCUGGCUAUAAUCUGUAAUAUGAUUUUACUCAAAAUCAUAAUUGUGAACAAAAGCAGUCUUUUAACACAAACAUAUACAAGAACUUACAUGGCCAUAGUUUUAAUAAACAAAUGGUUUAAACAAUUUAAAGGAGUUGUAAAGGAAAAAAAAAUUGGGGCUAAACUUAAUGUCUGCUAGGUAUACAGACAGAAUAAUGUAUUCUUUCUCUUUAAAAUCAAAUGAAUACCUGUGGAAAUCCUGCAUGUAUAUCACACUCCGGCGUUCCAGUCUCAUUGCUGUGCUUUACUUCCUGCUUUGCGGCGCUCGUUCAUGUAACCGACGUCGCUGUAGUAAUGUAUCUACAUUUCCCAGUAUGCAUUGCGAUAUCGCACAUGCGCAGUGCAUUUUUUGUUAAAAAACGGCACGAGAACCUACAAAGGUGAUUUACAUAUACCGCCCACUAUACCGCCCACUAGAUUUGUAUUCAUUGUUUACAAAUACGGCCACCCAGCCUACACAGCUUAGGAGUUCUUCACACAGAAAGGGGGCGGAGUCCAGGCGGGGCAGUGAAGCUUAGUAAAUGAAACUAAGCCAAGGGAGGUGGUGCUGCAGGGUCAUAGACACGCCCACUAAUACACACCUCCUUGCAGUCUCUCAAACGUAGAGAGCGCUCUGCUGUAGUUCCUAGGAGGGGGCGAGCACGUCCCUACACACAAGCAGUAAAGCCUCCCUUCACUGUGUGUAGUUAGAAUUGGACAACCAGGAAGUGAAGAUAACAGAGAACAAAUAGAGACAUUUAUAAGCAAAAACGAAGCACGAGGAAGUUAAAGGAGCAAUGUCUUAAGGUAAAGAAAGCUGAUUAUGCAAAAAAAUGAUUUCCUUUACAACCCCUUUAAGGUCAUUGCUAGAAAAGCAAUGGGGAUUUACAAUAAUGAAAUCUUGAAAAAAAAGUCAUUCGAGUCGUAUGUUCCAGUAAAUGAGUUGGGUAUUACAAAUCCAUUCUCUUUACAGUAGGAUUCUGUUGAUGUUCACUAUGGCCAGAAUAAAAGAUAUUUAGUUGACCUCAAGAAAUACUAGAAAAGCUCAUAAGACUGGAACUGAUUACAAAAAUAUUUCUAAUAAUUUUAUCAACUUAAAGGACCCAGUUAGGAAAACAGCACUUGGACCUCUGUCCUAUAGCCCUUUCACUGAGAAAGUAUCCUACAGUGAGCACUAUAGAGGAACUCUUUGCAAUAACUAUACAAGUGAAAAAUAACCAUUUGGUGACAACUUAGGAUUUUGAAUUCAGGGUCAUCUCUUUUCAUGAACCUGUGAUAAGAAUACUAAGAGAGGAACAUUACUAGGAAAUUACUACAAAAAAAACAGUGACAGUUUUAGGUGUAGGCCUGAUCGUCUGUUGACCUACUGGUACAGCAGUCUUCAAAAAUACUACAAUAGUUUAAACCAUUACCAAAGUCUCUUCCAUUUUUGUAGUGUGAAAUAUGGUGUGGGGCUGCCUUAGCAGGGAAGCUUGCGGUCAUUGAGAAAGUAAUCAAUUUCAAGCUGCAUUAGGAAAUGCAAAACAAGUUGAGUCAUGUAAUUUGGCAAUGAUUCAAAAACCACAAUUCUAAACGGGAAAAAAAAUGUAUCUUGGUACAGCCUAGUUUUAUUGUGGCUAAUGCCAGAUAUCCUGAAAAAAUAUACAGCUUUGUAUAAAGAAUUGUGCUAAAAUGUCUCCUAACAGUUGCAAAGGUGUAACUGCCAGCUAGAGUAGAUGUGUUUCUAAUAAGGAUCCUUUAGUUACUAAAUACAAGGGUUUACAGUUUCUAUUAAUGGCCUUGAUUGUUGAAACCAUUUAUAGCAAAUUAGGGUAAUGUGAAAUAUUGUUUUUUGUUUAGUAGAAGCUCUGCUCAUACUUUAGAAGGCAUUUAAACAUAAAUACAUUACUUAUCUAAGUAUUUAGUUUUUCUCUCAACUGUAGUUUCCUUUAAAUAGCUCUGCAACAACUUUGUGAUCUUCAAUUU